UUGACCAGCUGUCCCGGGCUAACCCUGCUCCUCGCUGAAGAUGGAGGAAGUAAAAACAGGAUUACCCUUAGCUACAGAUCCACUGCCUUAGUUUCCACCACCAACUGCAGUGCACAAACACACGUUAGGCACAGGAAAGAAAGAAAGAGAGAGGACACAUUAACAGUAAACACAAACAAAAGGGUGAUGGGAUUAUUUUACUGCAUGCACUGCUGAGCCCGACAUUGUCACCUCCUCUUUGAGGGGUUAGAAGAAGCUGAGAUCUCCCGACAGAGCUGGAAAUGCACUGCACUUUGACUAUGGAAACAGAGGCUAUUGAUGGCUAUAUAACAUGUGACAAUGAGCUUUCACCUGAAAGGGAACACUCCAAUAUGGCAAUUGACCUCACUUCAAGCACACCCAAUGGACAGCAUGCCUCACCAAGUCACAUGACAAGCACAAAUUCAGUAAAGGUAGAAAUGCAGAGUGAUGAAGAGUGUGACAGGAAACCCCUGAGCCGCGAAGACGAGAUCAGGGGCCAUGAUGAGGGUAGCAGCCUAGAAGAACCCCUAAUUGAGAGCAGCGAAGUGACUGACAACAGGAAAGUCCAGGAGCUUCAAGGCGAGGGAGGAAUCCGGCUUCCGAAUGGUAAACUGAAAUGUGACGUCUGUGGCAUGGUUUGCAUUGGGCCCAAUGUGCUUAUGGUACAUAAAAGGAGUCACACUGGUGAACGCCCCUUCCACUGUAACCAGUGUGGAGCUUCUUUUACUCAGAAGGGCAACCUUCUGAGACACAUAAAGUUACACUCUGGAGAGAAGCCGUUCAAAUGUCCUUUCUGUAGCUACGCCUGUAGAAGAAGGGACGCCCUCACAGGACACCUCAGGACCCACUCUGUGGGUAAACCUCACAAGUGCAACUACUGUGGACGAAGUUACAAGCAGCGCAGUUCACUGGAGGAGCACAAGGAACGCUGCCACAACUAUCUCCAGAAUGUCAGCAUGGAGGCUGCUGGGCAGGUCAUGAGUCACCAUGUACCUCCUAUGGAAGAUUGUAAGGAACAAGAGCCUAUUAUGGACAACAAUAUUUCUCUGGUGCCUUUUGAGAGACCUGCUGUCAUAGAGAAGCUCACGGGGAAUAUGGGAAAACGUAAAAGCUCCACGCCACAAAAGUUUGUGGGAGAAAAGCUCAUGCGAUUCAGCUACCCAGAUAUUCACUUUGAUAUGAACUUAACAUAUGAGAAAGAGGCUGAGCUGAUGCAGUCUCAUAUGAUGGACCAAGCCAUCAACAAUGCAAUCACCUACCUUGGAGCUGAGGCCCUUCACCCUCUGAUGCAGCACCCGCCAAGCACAAUCGCUGAGGUGGCCCCAGUUAUAAGCUCAGCUUAUUCUCAGGUCUAUCAUCCAAAUAGGAUAGAAAGACCCAUUAGCAGGGAAACCUCUGAUAGUCAUGAUAACAACAUGGAUGGCCCUAUCUCUCUUAUCAGACCAAAGAGUCGACCCCAGGAAAGAGAGGCCUCUCCCAGCAACAGCUGCCUGGAUUCUACUGACUCAGAAAGCAGCCAUGAUGACCACCAGUCCUACCAAGGAAACCCUGCCUUAAAUCCCAAGAGGAAACAAAGCCCAGCUUACAUGAAGGAGGAUGUCAAGGCUUUGGAUACUACCAAGGCUUCUAAGGGCUCUCUGAAGGACAUCUACAAGGUCUUCAAUGGAGAAGGAGAACAGAUUCGGGCCUUCAAGUGUGAGCACUGCCGAGUCCUUUUUCUAGACCAUGUCAUGUACACCAUUCACAUGGGUUGCCAUGGCUACCGGGACCCACUGGAAUGCAACAUCUGUGGCUAUAGAAGCCAAGACCGUUAUGAGUUUUCAUCACACAUUGUCCGAGGGGAGCACACAUUCCACUAGGCCUUUUCAUUCCAAAGGGGACCCCUAUGAAGUAAAGAACUGCACAUGAAGAAAUACUGCACUUACAAUCCCACCUUCCUUCAGAUGUUGACAUACCUUUUAUUUUUUUUAAAUAUUACUGUUGAUAAUUCUUAUUUUGUGGACGCAGUGUCAUUUGCUCUGCCUAAUAGGGAAGAAACA